UUCAUAUCAAAAAUAAAAACAAUGCAAUUAGGAAUGAUUCUUCACCAUUAAAAUAAAGUCCAAUCAUACUCAUAUAUAAAGCUCCACUCUUCAUUGGUUUUCUCUUAAUUAGACAAAAAGGAUUUCUUUUUCAUAGAUUAAAACUUUCCACAUCUAGAUUGUAAGGAAACACCUAAAAUUAAAAACCCAGAAAUAUAAAUAACAAAAGGUUUAAAAUUUCCUUCUUUUAAAUGAAACUUUCCAGUUUCCACCCAACAUUCAACAUCCCUCAUUUUCUUACCAAGCAAACAAAGAUUUGGGACCAGGAAUAAAAAGAUUGAAGGGCUUGACAAUGGGUUCUCAACAAGCUUUGGCUGCAGCUAAAGUAUAUCGUGACCUUCUCAAAGCAGUGAAAAAACACAUUGGAAAUGAAGAGUACAAGAGGCAUUUUAGUGAGUAUAUAACACAAGAGUUUAGGAAGAGCUGUCAACUUUCAGACCCUUCUUUGGUUACCCAAAAGAUUAAGCUUGCCAAUGAUUAUAUUUUUUUACUUAACAGUGUUCAUCAUCACAAGGACUUAUUGUUCUCUUACAACAUAGCAGUAGAUAGGUCAGAUGAAAUGAAAAGAACACUUGGAAAAUCAGCUGCAAGUGUUGGUCUUCAGCUUCCUGAGGUUUAUCAGCCUUGAUAUCACUGGAUGAUAAUUUUCUUCUUACUCUUCAUCUACGGGUGAAUAAUUUUGCCUCCUCCAUUCUAUAGAUGCUGGGAAUUCAGUUGGAGCUGAUCCUUGUUAUUUAUAUCUAUAAUUUGUUCUCAUCCAACCAAUUGAACCUGGUUUUGUUGACUUGUUUCUGUAUUGUGGUUGAAUUGAACUUGUUUGUGUUGUUUGAGCCUUGAAGAAGCUGCAAGGAGCUAUUUUGUUUAAAACUUACAUUGUUUUUGAGGCUAAGGAGGAGGGAGACAGUUAUCUGUGUUUCUUCAUCAGGUAUGAUGCUAUUUCAUAUAAUUCAUAUGCUAAUUUUUAUGAGACUCUAUUAAUCUUGUUCUGCAUGAUUUGUUGUAAUCUGUAGUCGAAUGCGGUUAUCAUUUUGAGUUAAACAUUUGUCUGCGUCUUGUUGGAGUUUUGCAGUUGUAUAUUUCCAUUUUCCUGCAGUAAUAAUGCUAUUGCUGUGGUUGUUCUAUCAACAUCAUGAUCCAAGCUGUUCCCAGAAGUUGCAUGUUGUAAUACACAAAACAACAUGAUUAAUAGCACCCAUAACAACAGAAACAAACAGCAAGCUUUUAUUCUUUUUCUUUUUUGACAAGGUACAGUUUAGGGCAAGAGGCGAUUAAAGCCGAACCUUUUUAGCUUAAUCUGGGACAUCUUUACUUUCCAUAGACCCUAACACUUAAGUCUAGUAUCGUUACAAUAAUUAAUCUCAUCUUCACUCUUUUUUUUUUUUUAAUUUCACCAUAAUCAAGUUUAUCGCUUAUCCAAAUGGAUCCUCUGCAGCUGCCAUUGGCCUCUAGUGUCACAGUUUUGAAGUGAAGCCAGGAAUCCCACAUUGGUUGAGUACUAAAAUUGGUCUUAGGAUAUAAGUGUUCACACAUGCCCCUCUUUGCGAGAUGCCUUUUGUAGGACAAAACCGUGAGAUCAAGGGAGCCAAAGCGGACAAUACCUCACAAGGGUGUGAAUUGUGAUAACUAGGUUGAUUUAAGACGGCAAAUGAGUGCAUGCACAGGUCCUGGAGCCUCAUGGGCUUAGAGAUUCAGUCUAAGCCCGUGACAAAUGGUAUCAAAGCUAGCUCUGGGGGUACUAACGAUGUGCCACUGAGGACGGUGGACCCUCGUUGGAGUGAGGGAGGAUGUUACAGUCCCGAAGUGAAGUCAAAAAUCCCACAUUGAUUGAGUAUUAGAGUUGGUCUCGGGAUAUAAGGGAUCACACAUUCCCCUCACUACGAGGCACCUUUUGUAGGAUAAAAUCAUGAGACCAAGGAAUCAUAGCUGACAAUAUACCUCACAAAGGUGUGAAUCGUGACAGGUAGGUUGAUCUGGGACACUAAAUGAGUGCAUGUUUGGGUCUUGGAGUUGCAUAGGCUUGGAGAUUGACUCUCGACCCGUGACAUUAGUACCUAGGUACAGCAAGCUUUUCUAAGUAGAAGUUGUUGGGGCAAAACUCCCUUGAAUGCCCUAGGUCCCUAGAACUUGUGGCAGCAAUGGGUUGUGUCAUUGAUGCUGUCUUGGCCUGCUACUUGUUCUUACUGAUUGAAGUGCAUUUAGAUAGCGGACAAGCCAGACUUACCUUAAACACUGUCAAGGUUAAAAGUGUGCUUCUCUUGUUCUUUGUGAUUAUUCUGAAUUCUCAACUACAAAGUCAAUAGAUCUUAGAAUUGAAAUUUUGAUUUUUUUAAUCUAUGACUUAAUUCAAUUGUUUUACACAGUUACUUUUAAGAUGU